CAAGGGCAGACAGGUGCGCGCCUUGAAAAGUCAAGUAAAGAGAACAUCAACUAUAUGGAAAAAAGUAGAAAUCACGUCACACUGGGUGGAUAUCAUUUUGGUGAUCAUAAUUCUUAUUUUGCUGAUCACGAUCACUGCUAUGACAAAAGGAAGCAGCAAUAGAAACACAGGUGUUGGUUUUGCGCCUGAUAAAGGCGAGGUCAUCCAAUUGGAAAAGAAACCAGCUGUGGUCAGCUUUAAUCCUUUUUCAUCUGAAGCCCACAAGAGACUGGCAGAUCUCUUUCUUGAUGAUUACCAUUACAUCAUCGUACACAGUUCUCAAGACAUAUCAAAAAUCCAAUCUAAGGUUGUUUACCUCUUUGUGGAUGUUAACGAUCGCAAUAUCAUUUUGGAGGCCGAGACAGAGACCCAACAAAUCAAAAGGGAAACCGUAGAAACCAUAAGGCGUAUUGGAGGUACGCCAGUUGUGAUUUACAGACUGCACUCAGAAUCUAGGAAUCUAGAAAAUGGAAAGCUCUAUUCGGACAAAUUAACCUCAAUACAGAGUCAUCCACUUUUGCGAGACCUCUCAUCAAAGAACUGUGUACUUAGUAUUGACAGAGUAUUCACUGAAUAUCAACGAACUCAUCUGCUGAAUUUCUUACUCUAA